AUGAAAAGGGUAGUGAUAGACUUAAGACCCAAGGAGUCUUAUGCGGAGGGACAUAUUGAGGGAGCGUUCAAUUUUCCUUGGGAAAGCAUUCGGGCAGAUGCAUGUGGGUUGCCUCCACGCGAUGUAGCCCUCAUAGCGAUUUGCGAUGGUCAGAUAGAUUUGGAUAUUGUCGAGGCGUAUUUGAAUCGGUUUCAUUUUGCAUCAUUGGAGGUCAGACGGCUAAGCAAAAAUGACGAACUUGUGUGUGAGUUGCCGAAAGGGACGUGCUGGUCUCCAAAUCCUUUUCUUUCAGAGGUGAUAACUGAGAUUGAGAUGAAGAAUGGUGGUCCUUCUUUUGCACUCGACGUGGGUUCAGGAACUGGGAGGGAUAUGAUCUACCUGGCGUCUCGAGGCUGGAGUGUUGUUGGAAUUGAAAAUCGACUCCGGCUGAUUGAGCAGGGCGUUGCGCUCAGUAAAAAGCACAAAGUAGAUUGCCGCACCCUGUAUAUUCAUUGCGAGUUGAAAAAGUUCUUUCCUGUUAAAUUUGAAGGCCCAGAUCUGCUACAUGUAUGUCGCUUUUUGCAUCGGUCUUCCUUGGAAAUGCUGCUCAAGCUUCCUCGUCGAGGCGGAUUCCUCGUCUACAGCCAUUUUUUAGACGGAUGUCAGAAAACUGAGGUGGGACAUCCCUCAUCGAUCGAUGGAUUUUUUCUUCGCGGAGAGCUACGUCAGAUACUUUUUGGUGCUGGGUACACCGUUAUUAUCGAACGGGAAACGACGUUGCCAGACAAACGGCCCUUGGUACACAUUUUUGCCCAGCGCACGAGGUAA